UUUAUCCGGAGCCUAACUUUCUCAUAGCGGUGACGUCUAGAUUGCAAAGAGAUUAGAGAUUAGGAUCUGGCACAGCGUUGCAUAAUUAACUCCACACACAGUCGCGUCGCAGAGUCCCGGUUUAAAGUGGCACAACGUGGGCGGCGCGUCGAGGAGCCGAUGUGAGGCAGCGGCGCGGCGGCGCAGCGCAGAAGCUGGAGACCGAGCGAGGGGACACGACGGUGCUGCAACCGGCGGAGGAGAAGCGUGUACGCGAAGGGGAGUUUUUGGUCCGGGGCCAGUGGUGAAGGGUGCGGGAGUGUCCGUGUGAUGGUGCGCGUCUCUCCAAGGUGGAUCCGGUUUCCAGUCCGGUAACAAAAAACUGACUUAAUUUCACGAAACCGACCCGAACGGAUUCAAUCACCUGGAGACACAUUUCUGCUCCUGUAUGCGCUCAUGAAUGGAUCUUAAUAUUGUGCGUUUGGAGACCUGAUUUUUGUUGUUUUUACGCGUUUUUCUCAGUUGCAGAAGUGACAUUUCCAACAUUUUUUUCCUUUUUUGCGCAAAAAUCAACAAAAUGUGCCACUUUUCUUUGCGCAAUUAAACCCUUUCCCAAAAAAAUGAGACUUUCAGUGGAUUAAAACUCACAAAAAGACAUUAAACCACGCACGUGAACAUUAUGUGAAAAAUAAAAGGUGUGGAAAUGCGUCGCAAAUGCAUCUGUCUGCUCGAGGUGUGUGCCAUCGUAAGCCUCCUGCCUUCGGGCGCCGUGGCAGAUCUGACAUGUGAAGCUCUGCUCAUGCUGGCGGGAAAUGUCUCAUUACAGUCGCUGGCCGCCUCCUGGAACCAGACCCUGAGCAACGCCACAGGCUCGGGUCUCUCCUGCGACACCUCCAUCGACGGCAUCGGCACCUGCUGGCCCAGGAGCAGCGCCGGCCAGAUGGUGGCACGACCCUGUCCCGAGAUGUUUUACGGCGUCAGAUACAACACCACCAAUAAUGUUUAUAGGAAAUGUCUGGCAAAUGGGACAUGGGCGCUUAAGGGGAACUACUCCAUGUGCAAGGCCAUACUUCACGAGGAGAAAAAAGGCAAGAUGCACUACCAGAUAGCUGUGAUCAUAAACUUCCUGGGUCACUGCAUCUCCAUGCUGGCUCUGCUCGUGGCCUUCUUCCUCUUCUUGUGUUUGAGGAGCAUCCGCUGCCUGAGAAACAUCAUCCACUGGAACCUCAUCACCGCCUUCAUCCUGAGGAACGCCACCUGGUUUAUCGUCCAACUGACCAUGAGUCCCGAGGUGCACGAAAGUAACGUGGUCUGGUGCCGCCUCGUCACGGCCUCCUUCAACUAUUUCCACUCCACAAACUUCUUCUGGAUGUUUGGCGAGGGCUGCUACCUCCACACCGCCAUCGUCCUCACCUACUCCACCGACAAGCUGCGCAAGUGGAUGUUCAUCUGCAUCGGCUGGUGUAUACCGUUCCCUAUCAUUGUGGCAUGGGCGAUCGGGAAGCUGUACUACGACAAUGAGAAGUGCUGGUUUGGGAAGCGCGCCGGCGUCUACACAGACUACAUCUACCAGGGUCCCAUGAUUCUUGUCUUAGUGAUCAACUUCAUUUUCCUGUUCAACAUUGUGAGAAUCCUGAUGACCAAACUGCGAGCCUCCACCACGUCAGAGACAAUCCAGUACAGGAAAGCUGUGAAGGCGACGCUGGUGCUGCUUCCUCUCCUGGGAAUCACCUACAUGCUGUUCUUCGUGAACCCAGGCGAAGACGAAAUCUCUCAAAUCGUCUUCAUAUAUUUCAACUCUUUUUUGGAGUCCUUCCAGGGCUUCUUUGUGUCGGUGUUUUACUGCUUCCUGAACAGCGAGGUGCGCUCAGCUGUGAGGAAGCGGUUCCACCGCUGGCAGGAGCAGCACUCGAUCCGAGCCCGGAUGACCCAGGCCAUGUCCAUCCCCACCUCACCUUCACGGGUCAGCUUCCACAGCAUCAAGCAGUCCACGUCACUAUGAGGAGACCGCCGUCGUCAUGGAUACGCCCCCCACCCCCACCCCACCACCAGCUGUCGUCAUCGUUUUCUAACACAUCGCUGGAGAGCACUUAGAGCGGCGGGCUGCAGAGCUGCGUCAGUCUGCGAUCCUCAGGAGGGACGCUCGCAGAGCCGAGAAUGGACGAACACGGAGCUAAAGGACGCUGCGGACUCUGCGGGACGAGAGGUUAGUGGAUCAAAAGAUGACCAGGUUUGACUUUGAAUCUGGGUGUGAAUGUACAGCACUGUUUUCUGUAACGUUUGCCUGCCGUCGAUGUGUUCCUGCCUGCACACUUUCUGUUUCUGACGUCAGCGAGAACUCGUGUGGCCGGACCGCGCCGGAUCCCACCCAGCCGACAGCGGACCCAAAC